UACUUAUUUUUGUAUUCCUUCGCCGGAGGAAUGGUCUAUAAAUAAGGGUGGCACAUGAAUGUAAAAUUCAGUGUAACAACACUCGCACUCGAAUUCGGUUCUUGUUGCAACUGCUAACACUUCUAAAACAAUAUGGACACUGACGAUGACCAAAAGAUGGCUAUGCUCCGCAAGGCCUUCCAAAUGUUCGACACCACCAAGUCAGGAUACAUUGAUGUCCUAAAGAUCUCGACCAUCCUUAACACAAUGGGUCAACUCUUUGAUGACUCUGAAUUACAGGCUCUUAUCGAUGAAAAUGACCCUGAAGGUACUGGCAAAAUCAACUUCGAUGGUUUUUGCAAUAUUGCAUCCCACUUCUUAGAAGAAGAGGAUGCUGAAGCCAUGCAGCAGGAACUGAAAGAAGCUUUCAGAUUGUACGACCGUGAAGGCAACGGUUACAUCACUACAUCCACCCUCAAGGAGAUCCUCGCGGCUCUUGAUGACAAACUCAGUAACGCCGACCUAGACGGCAUUAUUGCAGAAAUUGACACUGACGGCUCUGGAACCGUCGAUUUCGAUGAAUUCAUGGAGAUGAUGACCGGCGACUAAGUCUUAUACUAAUCAUAGUAUUACUUACUAUACUUAGUUUUUUAUAUUGUACUCUUUUGAAAUGUAAGACUUCAUUAGUACAAACCGAUGCGGUAUUAGCAUAGCAUGCAUGGAAAGCCUUACUAUGCUCGUUAAAUCUAUCUUAUAGAUAGGUAAAUAAAAUUAUAAGUAUUCGUUCCAAUUAAUUAUUUUCAUAAUAAUUUAAAUGUAACGGAUUUGAUACAUAUUGACAAUUAUAUGCUAAUAUUUAUAACGCA